ACACCAUAGUGAGGAAGAUAUCUGUUGAGUGUGAAUUAUCAAGCAGCAGUUCUAUCAUGUCAGGAGAACUGAGCAGGACCCAGAGCCCCAUCACGGUGCCUCAACCUCACUCACUGAUACAUGAGAGAGACAAUGACCAGAAGAUCCUGGAACUCACCAACAAGAUCAUUCAGCUGCUGACUGGAGAGGAGGGGGAGUAUAUAGAGGAACACAGGGGUCUGUACAAGGACGUGAUGAUGGAGAAUCACCGGCCCAUCACAUCACUGGAUGGGCCCAGUAACAGAGAUACCCCAGAGAGAUGUCCCCGUCCUCUGUAUUCCCAGGAUUGUACAGAGGAGAAUCACAGGACCCCACAGGAGGAUCAGGGUGAAGAUCUGACUAAUAUAAAGGGAGAAGAAGAGAUGUAUGUGGCUGAUAUGAGGGCAGAAGAUAUAGAGGGAGAAGAGACGUAUGUGACUGAUAUGAAGGCAGAAGAUAUAGAGGGAGAAGAAGAGACGUAUGUGGCUGAUAUGAAGGCAGAAGAUAUAGAGGGAGAAGAAGAGACGUAUGUGACUGAUAUGAAGGCAGAAGUUAUAGAGGGAGAAGAAGAGACGUAUGUGACUGAUAUGAAGGCAGAAGAUACAGAGGGAGAAGAAGAGAUGUAUGUGAUUGAUAUGAAGGCAGGAGAUAUAGAGGGAGAAGAAGAGACGUAUGUGACUGAUAUGAAGCCAGUAGAUAUAGAGGGAGAAGAAGAAGAGACAUAUGUGACUGAUAUGAAGGCAGAGGAUACAGAGGGAGAAGAAGAGACGUAUGUGGCAGAUAUAAGGGCAGAAGAUAUAGAGGGAGAAGAAGAGACGUAUGUGACUGAUAUGAAGGCAGAAGAUACAGAGGGAGAAGAAGAGACAUACGUGACGGGUGAUCAGCAGUGUAAGGAGGAGAAAAUCCCUACAGAUAUCAGCACAGAUGAAUGUAACAGAAGAAAUAUAUUGGCUGAACGUCCCAUUAUAUCUCCAGAUUGUGAAAUUGAAGCUAAAGACAUCAUGCGAGAUUCUCUGGAAGACCAUGUGAUCCCAAUUAUACAUCCAGUACCUCACAGUGCAGAUAUAUCAUCUGUUACCUUUAAUCAUGAGGAAUUUUCACCUGAUACCUCAGAUAUUGGUCAAUCUAUCACAUCUCUUAGAGUAGAUACACCAUUUCCCAAUGCUGUACAUGACCUAUGUUUUACUCAGAGCACAAAGAUUAUUACCCAUCAGCCACCUAAGACAGGUGAGAGACCAUUUCCAUGCUCUGAGUGUGGGAAAUGUUUUACAUACAAAUCACAGCUUGUUAAACAUGUGAGAUGUCAUACAGGUGAGACACCAUUUCCAUGCUCUGAGUGUGGGAAAUGUUUUAGACUGAAAUUAGAUCUUGUUAGACAUGAGAGAAGUCACACAGGUGAAAAGCCAUUUCCAUGCUCUGAGUGUGCAAAAUGUUUUACUCAGAAAUCGCAGCUUGUUCAACAUGCGAGAUGUCAUACAGGUGAGAGGCGAUUUACAUGUUCUGAGUGUGGGAAAUGUUUUAGUUUCAAAGUAGAUCUUGUUAGACAUGAGAGAACUCACACAGGUGAAAAGCCAUUUUCAUGCUCUGAGUGUGGGAAAUGUUUUACACGCAAAUCAUAUCUUGUUGUGCAUGAGAGACAUCAUACAGGUGAGAGACCAUUUCCAUGCUCUGAGUGUGCAAAAUGUUUUACUCAGAAGUCGCAGCUUGUUCAACAUGCGAGAUGUCAUACAGGUGAGAGGCCAUUUACAUGUUCUGAGUGUGGGAAAUGUUUUAGUUUCAAAGUAGAUCUUGUUAUACAUGAGAGAAGUCACACAGGUGAGAAGCCAUUUCCAUGCUCUGAGUGUAGAAAAUGUUUCAAACGCAAAUCACAUCUUGUUACACAUCAGAUAAGUCACACAGGUGAGAAACCAUUUCCAUGCUCUGAGUGUAGAAAAUGUUUCAAUGACAAAUCAUAUCUUGUUACACAUCAGAGAAGUCACACAGGUGAGAAACCGUUUCCAUGUUCUGAGUGUGGGAAAUGUUUUACUCGAAAAUCACUGCUUGUUGAACAUUUGAGAAUUCACACAGGUGAGAAACCAUUUCCAUGCUCUGAGUGUGGGAAAUGUUUCACACAGAAAUCACAUCUUGUUACACAUCAGAGAAAUCACACAGGUAAGCGGCCAUUUCCAUGUUCUGAGUGUGGGAGAAGUUUCAAACACAAAUCACAACUUGUUACACAUCAGAGAAGUCACACAGGUGAGAAACCAUUUCCAUGCUCUGAGUGUAGAAAAUGUUUCAAAGACAAAUCACAUCUUGUUACACAUCAGAGAAGUCACACAGGUGAGAAACCGUUUCCAUGUUCUGAGUGUGGGAAAUGUUUUACUAGAAAAUCACUGCUUGUUGAACAUUUGAGAAUUCACACAGGUGAGAAACCAUUUCCAUGCUCUGAGUGUGGGAAAUGUUUCACACAGAAAUCACAUCUUGUUACACAUCAGAGAUGUCACACAGGUAAGCGGCCAUUUCCAUGUUCUGAGUGUGGGAAAUGUUUUACUCGAAAAUCACUGCUUGUUGAACAUUUGAGAAUUCACACAGGUGAGAAACCAUUUCCAUGUUCUGAGUGUGGGAAAUGUUUUGCACAAAAAUCAGCUGUAAUUGAACAUAAGAGAACUCACCCUGGUGAGAAACCAUUUCCAUGUUCUGAGUGUAGAAAAUGUUUUACACACAAAUCAUAUCUUGUUAGACAUCAGAGAAUUCACAAGUGAGAGGCCAUUUCUAUUUUCUGAAUGUUGAAAAUGUUUUAUACACAAAUCACCGCUUGUUAUCAGAGAAGUCACACAGGUGAGAGGCCAUUUCCAUGCUCCGAGUGUGGGAAAUGUUUACACACAAAUCCACUCAAUAUUUUUAGAGAGGAUAUUCUAGAGUUGGCUUUCACAUAAAAGAACAAAAUACAACUUCAUUAAUAAAGGGAAUGGAAAAAUUAUAAAGAGAGUUUACAAAAAUUUGUUUAAUUUGUAUAAAAAAAGCAAACCCCAUUGAGGUGACCUAAUUAAAAUGUAUAAAUAUAUUUGAGAAAUAUACAAAGAUUUAACAAGCAUAUCACACUAUGCUCAUGUACAAUUGUACCAUUAUUUUUAUGAUUGUAUUUUGUUCUUGUUUUAAUAUUAUUUUUAUUAAUACUUUACAAACAAUAUAGUACGGGCAAUUUGUUGCAUGUUACUGGCGCUAUGCAGACUCUGUGUAGAUAUAGAAAAAUGAUGAGACUUUGUAUAAAACAUUUAAUAAU